AUGGAUCUCAUAGUAAUGUAUGAUAAAGAUGACAAGACGUUUGCCAGGGUAUCCUGGAAAAAGCCAUCAUCAACAGAAGAUUUACCUGACACAAGAAGCAUCAACACAGUAUAUAGGAUUUGCUGGUGGACAGAUGAAUCAGACAAACAGCAAAUUGAAAUAUUUGGAUAUGAAUAUUAUUUGACAAAACUGAAAGAAGGCACUACUUAUUUUGUCAGUGUGAUUAAAGUCGAUAAUAACUGUCCCAAAGAAUCUGAAAUGGUCAAGUUUCAAACUGCACCGAAUCCACCAUCCAACUUGUUAUUAUGCACAGUACGAGCGUAUGACACUCCAUCAAUCAGUGUCAUGUUUGAUUGGCCUGCCGGGCCUUCUGACUUUUUCAUCAUUGAAGUGAGGUCAAAGGAAGAUCUGAUAUCAUCUGUCAAGUCUUAUGAAAAAUCUGCUCUCAUUCAAAAUCUGCAAUCCGCCACUGAGUAUGCUGUAUCUGUCUUUUCAGUAUGGAAGGAAUAUUGUCAGUAG